AUGCUGCUGAUCCCCUACCUCGCCACACUCGCGCUCCUGGCCUGCACGACCGCGCAACACGUCCCGCGACAGAGCGCGGCAGGACUGACGCUGGCGUCCUCAGAGCCCUCGCGCUCGGCCGUGGACUCGGGCAGUGCUUCCGCGCCAGCGCACACGAUAACGUGGUCCGGCUCCGCCUCGGCACGCGCGUCAGCGCCGCAGGCAUCGCUCAACGCAUCGACAAGCAUCGUGUACGUCACGCCGCCGGCGGGCAACGGCAACAGUACCGUGACGGUGACUGUCAACUCUGCGACGACCGUCGUGUCCGCGAGCGUCGGGGUGUGGAUACCCAACUACAACGCGGGCGCAGCGGCGAGCGUUGUCCCGCCGCUGUCGCUGGCCCUCGGUGCCGCGGCUCUCGUCAUCUCAUACUAUUUCUAG